UCACCGCCCCUUCUUCCUCAUGGCGCGCUGGCCGUCGCUGCUGUCUGCCCUCCUAUUUGCCCUUCUGUGUGCCCAGCUGUGCCCCUGCGGCAGGGCUCCAGCCUCCUCCCAGGCCGUGACGGCCCGGCUGGCGGCGAAGUGGCCGGCGACCCCGUUGCUGCUGGAGGCGAGUGAAUUUAUUGCAGAAGAUGGUAAUGAGAAGUUUUGGCAGUUCUUGGAAACUGUACGAGAAUUAACAGUUUAUAAGCAAGGAGAUUCAGAGCAUUCCUAUUACAAUUUAAUCUUGAAGAAAGCAGGACAAUUUUUAUCUAAUUUGCAAAUCAACCUAUUGAAGUUUGCACUUUCCAUACGGGCAUAUUCUCCAACUGUUCGGAUGUUUCAGCAGAUUGCAGCUGAUGAACCUCCACCAGAAGGCUGCAGUGCAUUUGUGGUUAUCCAUGAGAAGCACACCUGUAAGACUAAUGAAAUAAAAAAGCUGCUGAAGAAGGCUACUAAGAGACCAAGGCCUUAUCUUUUUAAGGAAGAUCAUAAAUACCCAAGUCUCAAAGAUGAUGGCCCAGUGGUUGUUCUUUAUGCAGAAAUGGGCACGAAAGACUUUGUCAAAUUCCACAAGAUUUUGUCAGAGAAGGCACAAAAGGAGGAAAUUGUUUAUGUUCUCCGGCAUUAUGUUCAGAAAACAAGUUCCAGAAAAAUGUAUUUAUCUGGAUAUGGUGUAGAACUUGCAAUAAAGAGCACGGAAUAUAAAGCAGUAGAUGAUGCACAGGUUAAAGGAGCAAAUGAGACAAAAGAUGAAGAGGAGGAGGAGGAAGAAAGUGAUGUGCAAGGAUUUCUCUUUGGCAAAUUAAAACAGAUGCAUCCUGAUCUGAAAAAUAACCUGAAUGAGUUUAAAAAGCAUCUAAUUGAAACCUCUGACAACAUGGAACCACUGAAGGUUUGGGAGCUACAGGAUCUUAGUUUUCAAGCAGCUGCUCGAAUUAAGUCCGCCCCUGUUUAUGAUACCUUAAAGGUAAUGAAAGACAUAGCUCAGAACUUCCCGCUAAGAGCCAGAUCACUGACCAGAGUGCCUGUAGACAAGAAAAUGCGAAAUGAAAUAGAAGAAAAUCAGAAGCAUUUUCAUAAAACACUUGGAAUCCAGCCUGGAGAAGCACGUUUAUUUCUAAAUGGCCUUCAUAUUGACCUGGAUUUUCAUGAUCCCUUUAGUAUCUUAGAGACUCUUAAACUGGAAGGAAAAGUGAUACAUGGCCUUCAUGAACUUGGAAUCAAAGAGGAGAUCCUCAGUAAAUUUAUGAGAUUGCAUAUACAUCCUGCAGACAACAGUUAUGCACUAGACAUCCGUCACUCUUCGAUAAUGUGGGUUAACAAUAUAGAACAAGAUUACAGCUAUAGCUCAUGGCCUGCAAGCUAUCAGGAACUGCUAAAACCUGCAUUUCCCGGAGUUAUACAGCAGAUUAGACACAAUUUAUUUAAUCUGGUACUUUUUCUUGAUCCUGUCCAAGAACAUACAGCUGAUUAUAUGAAAUUGGCAGAAUUAUUCUAUCAUCAUAAUGUGCCACUGAGAAUUGGAUUUGUUUUCGUUUUAAGUACAAAAGAAGAAGUUGAUGGAAAUGAAGAUGCUGGAAUAGCUCUUUGGAGAACUUUUAAUUACAUUGUAGAGGAAUCUGACACCUCUCAAGCCUUUACCUCAAUAAUUAAUAUGUACCAUGAAGUGAAAGAUGGAAAUGUUCUAACAGUAAAUCAUGUGAAAAAUGUUCUUAGAAGGGAAUAUCCCCACGCUGAUGUUCAGAGUAUACUGGAUGUUCACUCUGAAUACGACGAAGGGAGGAAGGCAGGAGCAAUCUUUUAUAAAAAGACUGGCCUGGGUCCAUUGCCUCAAGCUCUGUUUAAUGGUGUGCCCUUUAACAGAGAAGAAAUGAAUGCUGCAGAGUUAGAGACAGUUAUUCUUCAGAGGAUUAUUGAUGCCACUGGGUUCUUCCAGAGGGCAGUGUUCACGGGUUUGUUAAAUGAUCAUAUGAAUGCAGUGGAUUUUCUUAUGGAUCAGCACAAUGUAGUUUCCCGUAUAAACCCCACCAUUCUUGGAGCAGAAAGAAGAUACAUACAUUUCAGAUCCACAUCUGUUCCAUUUGAUGUGGAAGACUUCUCUACUUUCUCCUUUUUGGACUCACAAGAUAAAAGUGCUGUAAUUUCAGACAGCAUGAAGUAUCUAACCAGAAAAGAUGAAGAUGCAUUAUAUGCUGUUACUAUCUGGAUUAUUGCUGAUUUUGAUAAGCCAUCUGGGAGACGAUUGCUCUCUAAUGCCUUGAAACACCUGAAAAUAAGCAGUCAUGCACGUGUUGGGAUUUUGAACAAUCCAUCAUCAAAAAUAAAGGAAGAUAACACAGCUAUUGCAAGAGGAAUCUUGACUGCUUUUCUCACCCAAAACAACAGCACCUUAAAAAGUUUCCUCAGUAAACUUAUUAAGGAAGAGACAGCCAAAUCCCUUGCUGCUGGAACUAAAAUUGUGAAAUUCCUCAUCCCAGGAAUGGAUGAUAAUACUUUUGAGAAAAAGUACAAUACUCUAGGAUUGGAUUUAAUUAAAACUCACCAGAUGUUCUGCCAGGAGGUUCUUAAGCUGCUUCCUGGGCAAAUGGCUGUUAUGAGCAAUGGCAGGGUGCUGGGUCCUUUAGAUGAAAGUGAAUUUUAUGCAGAAGACUUUAAUUUGUUGGAAAAAAUAACAUAUAGUACCUCAGCAGAGAAGAUUAAAGCUAUUGUCAAAGAGAUGGGAAACAGUAGUAAAAGUGGCAGUGAUUUGAUUAUGAAAAUAGAUGCCCUACUGUCAUCUUUACCUAAAACAGAGAUGAGACAAGAUGCUGAAUUACUGAAAGAACAUCACAGCGUGAUAAAAAUUAAUCCCCGACAGCACGAACCGUUCUAUGAUGUUGUUGCUAUUGUGGAUCCACUGACGAGAGAAGCACAGAAGAUGGCUCAUUUAUUGAUUGUACUCAAAGACGUUAUCAACAUGAAACUUAGGCUGUUUUUGAACUGCAGAUCCAAGCUGUCAGAAGUGCCAUUAACAAGCUUCUAUCGUUUUGUUCUGGAACCUGAAUUAUUUUAUGGGAUCAAUAAGCUGCUUCCUUCUGAACCUGUGGCAAAAUUCUUAGAAUUGCCAGAAUCACUCCUUUUGACUCUAAACAUGAUCACUCCUGAAAGCUGGCUGGUUGAAGCAGUAAACAGUUCUUGUGAUCUUGAUAAUAUUCAUUUACAGGACAUAAAAGGGGCAGUUACAGCAGAAUAUGAACUGGAAUAUAUUUUACUUGAAGGACAUUGCUUUGAUGUAACAACUGGACAACCUCCUCGAGGGUUACAGUUCACUCUGGGCACAAAGAAUAAUCCUGUCAUGGUUGAUACUAUUGUGAUGGCCAACCUGGGGUAUUUUCAGCUGAAAGCAAAUCCAGGUGCUUGGACACUGCAAUUGCGUAAAGGAAGAUCUGAAGAGAUUUAUCAGGUUUUGUCCCAUGAAGGAACAGAUUCUGUAGCUGACCUGACAGAUGUUAUCGUGGUAUUAAACAACUUCAAAAGCAAAAUUAUCAAAGUACAAGUACAGAAGAAGCCUAAUAAAAUGAAUGAAGAGCUCCUUACUGAUGGAACAACAGGAAAAAAGGGAAAUGAGGAAUCAGUUACAAGAUUUUCAGAAGAAAUUUCAACAGAAGAGAAGGAAAAGAAAAAUGAUGUUCUUAACAUUUUUUCAGUUGCUUCAGGCCAUUUAUAUGAACGCUUUUUGAGAAUUAUGAUGCUUUCAGUCCUACGUCAUACAAAAACACCGGUUAAAUUUUGGUUUCUGAAAAAUUACCUCUCCCCAACAUUUAAGGAUGUUAUUCCUUACAUGGCUAAAAAGUAUGGUUUUAAGUACGAGUUAGUACAGUACAAGUGGCCCCGCUGGCUUCAUCAACAGACAGAAAAACAGAGAAUUAUCUGGGGCUACAAAAUUCUUUUUUUGGAUGUUCUUUUCCCUUUGGCUGUGGAUAAAAUAAUAUUUGUUGAUGCUGACCAGAUUGUGAGAAGUGACCUAAAAGAACUGAGAGAUCUAGAUCUGAAUGGAGCUCCCUACGGUUACACGCCUUUCUGUGACAGCCGUAAAGAAAUGGAUGGGUACCGCUUCUGGAAAUCGGGUUACUGGGCAUCACAUCUGGGGAAAAGGAAAUACCAUAUUAGUGCCUUAUAUGUUGUUGAUCUUAAGAAGUUCAGAAAGAUUGCAGCUGGAGACAGGCUUCGGGGACAGUACCAGGCUCUUAGUCAAGACCCAAACAGUCUGUCAAAUCUGGAUCAGGACCUUCCCAAUAAUAUGAUUCAUCAAGUAGCUAUUAAGUCACUCCCUCAGGAAUGGCUUUGGUGUGAAACCUGGUGUGAUGAUGAAUCCAAGAGAAAGGCUAAAACAAUAGAUUUGUGCAACAAUCCCCAAACCAAAGAACCAAAAUUAAAGGCUGCUGCCCGGAUCGUUCCUGAAUGGGCUGAUUAUGACUCUGAAAUACGGAAUUUAAUACAGCAACUUGAAAAAGAGAAGAAAAACCUAACAGCUUUCUUUCAAAAAGGCCUUAAGCAUGAUGAACUUUAGUACAGCCUGUAAACAGCAACGAUGACAGCUCAGUGGCCUUCUGCAAAAGACUGAAUGGGACUUAAAAACGUUACACUGGCACUACUUGAAACAUGUGGUGUGAAGUCAAAUAUUUUACAGCUUCAAGUGUUUUUUAACAGGUUUUAAAUUAAAUGCAAAACCAAAAGCGAAAUCUACAGGUACCUGAUUUGUUGGUUUGGGUUGGUUGGUUUGUUUUU